AUGGCGGAAGAAGAUGAUUACAUGGGGGACCUCUCUCAGUUCCUGACUCCAGACGCCUCCGGCCCUCCAGGACUUUUAUCCAAAAAGAUUUCUAAUAGCAAAAACCAAAGUAUUCAACCCUCUAAGAAAAAAUCCAAAGCACUAAACUGGCAAGAACAGCGUAAACUCGAUAGGGAGAGAAAGCAGCAGGAAGAGGAUGAGAAAACCUUGGCCAAAAUAGAGGCUGCUCCUAUUCCACAAUCCAACAUAGGAUUCAAACUUUUAAAACAAAUGGGGUAUACCCCAGGCUCAGCUCUUGGCAAGGAGGGAUCAGGCCAGGCGGAGCCAGUGAAGAUUGACAUUCGGCGCUCACGGGCUGGAAUUGGGCGGGAGGACCCACAUAAGGAGAAGAGGAAGAGAGAAGAAAUAAGGACUUGGGCGGAGAGGAGGAACGAGCAGGUUAUGAUGGAGGAGUUUGGGUCUAGGAAAAAGUCACAAUGGCGGAGUCGGAGAGUUGUGGUCAAUUUUAAGAAGGCGCAGGCGGCUUUGGAUCAAUUGGAGAAUAAGGAAGUUGUGCCGCCCGAGAAGAAUGAGGAUGAAGAAGAGGAGGGUGGAGGGGAGGAAGAGGAAGAGGAAGAGGAAGAAAUUACAGAAGAGGAUUUGCUAGAGAUAUUGAUGAAACUGAGAGAUGAGCAUCGAUACUGCCUCUUUUGUGGAUGUCAGUAUGAAUCAAUGGAGGCACUAUUAUCCCACUGCCCUGGAGCUGAUGAAGAUGACCACUGA